UAGGCUGCAGGGAAUCCGGCGGACGGGUGGCGGUGCUGUGUGCGGAUCGGGACGCGGCUCGGUUCGGCUCCGGUUCAGUGCUCUGAUUCUGGUUCUGAAUUAAUUAACCGGACCGGUUUUUCCCCUCCACAUCCACGUAACCGCCAUCAUAGGCCCGCGCGCGAGCUCGCUGCCUCUCGCGUCGAUCAGGAUGGCCGGUGGCGGCGGAGGUGGCGGUGGCGGCUGCCGCAGAGUGCGGGGCCCUGAGCUCCGGGAGCUGCUCGCCUCUAAGCGCGACGUGCUGUUCGACUGUGACGGGGUGAUCUGGAACGGCGAGGCGGCGGUGGCGGGCGCCCCGGAGGCGGUGCGGCUGCUGAAGCAGCGCGGGAAGCGCGUGUUCUUCGUCACCAACAACUGCACGCGGCCGCGGUGCAACUACGCUCACAAGUUCUCGCGGCUCGGGUUCUCCGGCGUGGCGGAGGAGGAGAUCUUCAGCUCGGCGUACUGCUCCGCGGCCUACCUGCGCGACGUGGCGCAGCUCCGCGGCAAAGUGUUCGCUAUCGGCGGCCACGGCGUGCUGCAGGAGCUGCGGGACGCGGGCCUGGACGUGGUGUCGGAGGACGAGGCGGACGGGCCCGACUUCAGCAUCUACGACUUCCCGCUGGACCCGGAGGUUCGGGCCGUGCUGGUCGGGUUCGAUGAGAAAUUUAACUUCAUAAAGUUGGCGAAGGCCUGCUGCUACCUGCGGGACUCCGAGGUCCUGUUCCUGGCCACGGACCCGGACCCGUGGCACCCUCUCCGGGGAGGCAGGAUCACACCGGGUUCCGGGAGUCUCACGGCGGCUCUGGAGACGGCCAGCAGCAGGAAGGCGAUGGUCAUCGGCAAGCCCAGCCGCUUCAUGUUCGAGUGCAUCGCCAGCCAGUUCGACCUGGACCCGGCGCAGUCCCUGAUGGUGGGCGACCGCCUGGAGACGGACAUUCUCUUCGGUGCCAACUGCGGCCUUUCCACGGUGCUGACCCUGACGGGCGUGUCCACCCUGGAGCAGGCGCAGGAGUAUAAAGACAGCGAGUCGCCGGAGAAGAAGGACUUUGUGCCGGAUUACGUGGUGGAUAGCAUCGGCGAUUUCUUGGAGGCUUUGGAGGAGGAACAACCACAGCAGGAGGAGGGGGAGGAGUAGGAAGAGUAGUACAGGAACAGUCCGAGAAAAGUCUGAGGUGUUCUGGUCAUACUGUAACGAACCCCCGUCCACCUUAAGAGGGCACGAGAGACUUCAGCCUGGCACAUAAACAAACAAACAAACAGACAGACAGAGAGAGACAGUCAUUAUCGUUAUGUCCAGUCCUAAUUCCAAUACUGUUGCUCGUGGUGUACAGUUCUAGCUGUGUGUCAGCAUAGUUCAGUUAUUAAUAUUAACCUAUGAAUUUGCAGUCCAUUAUCUUCAUCAAUGCAUCGGAUGUACGGUGCAUUGAUGUACCAUGUGAUUUGGUACUGUGAACUACAAGGCCUUGGAUGUUUACCGCUCCAGUUAAAGGAAUAGUUUGGUGUUAAAUCUAAUAAGCACGGUUUAUCAAUAACUCCAGAUGCAAUCAAUCCAAGCCAAGACGUGUAUUAUGAUAUGAUAUUUUAAAGAUGGCUUCUUUAGGUCACAACAAGAGAAGAUUACAUUAGGUUAACAUUGGUGAUGGUCUUAAAUCUGGUCUUUUGAAGCAAUCUCUUCUUAUCUCACAUCUAGAGCUAAAUUAUGCUGUAAAUGUGGUGGUUAAAAUCAUCUUUUUUGAUCAUAUUAGCUAAAUUUAAAUAUUAGCUUAAAUAUCUUUAUUAGGGGUGUGCCCCAUAAUAUUGUAUGCAACAAUAUUGCCAAAUAAUAUGUAAUAUUAAUUUUCUUGCAGUAGUUUUUCUUGAAUAUAAUUUGUAUUUUUUUUUCAAUGUAAGAAUAUCCUAAAAUAUCAUAUUAUUUUAAGGCCAUAUAACCCACCCCAAAACAGAACUAUUAAACAUGUAUUUUACAGAAAUAAGAUUGGUCCAGUGUUUAUUGGCAAUAUUACAUCCUUUAAUCUUGACUUCCUCUUGUUGUAGUAAAAAAUAUCAGCUAUUAAACACGCUUUGACUUUAUGACUGCAUCUGGUGAUUAGAUGAUAAAUCAUUCUGAUGUUUUUCUAUUUCUUUAAACUAAACAGAGUGAAGAUUAUUAAUUAUCCAGGCUGUAAUUUUAUUAUAAAGCUUGGCAAACCCGCUCUCCUGUUAUUGAUGAAGCUUUUUUUUUGGGUGAAUGAAAUGGCAUGUAUAGAUUGAAAUGUUAUAAAGUGAAUUAUCAGGAACGUAGUGCUUGGGAAAGUGUAGACGCUCUUUUGAACUGAUUUAAUUUAGCUGUAUAAUAAAACUACUGAAAUGUAAUUUUACUACAGAAUGUAUUGCAGUGCAGGACUAAAGGAGACUACAGAGUCUCCCUGGGAAGUUCACAACCAGUAGCUUAGAUAAUUAAUUUAAUUUAUUAGUUAAUUUAUUUCUAUUUUCUUUUGUACAUAUUUAAUAAUUUAAUUUAUUAAUUGGUUAAUUGCACUCUGGGGAAAUAAGUGGUUCUAGGCAGCAUCUUUACAUAAAGCCAGUCUACAUAUGUAUAAGAGAUGAACGAUGAUCUCAGAAUUGGGAGAUUCUGUAAUUAUAUAAAGUAGUUUUAAGAGUAUAAUGGACCUAUGUUUACUGAUUUUACUCAAAUUUUUUAUAUCCUCAUCACUGAUGAUGAUGAUUUGAUGAUGUAAAUAAUGAUAUAUAAUAAUAUAAAGCUUUAUUCAUUAUCCUUUCAUGACUAUUUAAAUAUUGAAUAUUCAUGAAGUCCCAACAGAUCAUAAUUUGAUUGACAAUCAAGCUGUGUUAUUAACUGGACUGGACAAAUGCUGUAUUAUCACUGUAUUACACACUAUAAUUUACACUGUCGAAGUUGUGUGUGGGUACAGUAAUGGCAUGUAAUGGAUAGAAAUGGUAGCUGCAGUUAUAUAUGUAAUGUUUUUGCCGGUUUAGAAGAAUUCUGCUAAUUUUAAAAGACCAGAAUGAGACAAAAUCCCUAUCCAGAUGGGAUUAGUUUCUCAGGGGGAUGUCUGUGAAAAAUAUUUUCUAUUCUUCUAGUGAUAAAACUCCUGCAUCCGGACUGCAAUUGAAAAAACAGGAGGAUCAGUGAGUUUUUUGUAAGGCUUUCUCUGUCACAUGACAUCGCGGAGUUCAGUAGCUCCUCCAUUUCCACUCGCUUUUGUGUUUACUAUGUGGAUCUUCGUGGAAAUGAGCGCCCAAAGUGUAAUUACGGUGCGCGGCAGUGGACAAAGAGCUAUUUUAUUAAACAUUUUAUUAAAAGGAGACGAAAUUCAGAGAUGUGUGUCCAGACGGGACUAAAAUUAGCGGAGGACCACAGAGUUCAGAGAAAAACAGUAGAUAAUUCAGCCUGUAAUUUUCUCAGAGGACGUCUGAGAAAAAUAUGAACAUGAUCGUUCCAGACGGGAAUAAAAUCACAGAGGCCAAUAAAUAAUAAAUAAAAGAUAAAAAAGACCCCAGGACCCCCUGAGAAACUAAUCCUAUCCGGAUAGGGCUUUUGGGAUGCUUUAAAAAAAAAAAAAAUAUAUAUAUAUAUAUAUAUAUAUAUAUUUAAGGUUGUUUUCACAUUGCCACAUAUAUACGCCUGUCUUACCUUUUUAUUUUUGGAUGAUAUCUGGUCCCAGAAUUAAUUGUGACAAACAAUAUUAUUAGUUAGGUGGCAUUUAGGGACGUUAUGAGUUGAAGUGAAGGACAGACAGACAGACAGACAGACAUAGCACUGUAAGGAACUUUAUACAGCUUUUAAAGAAUCUGUGACACACGUAUGACACCAUGGGGUCUUUUGGGUUAAUAAAUAAUAAAGUAUAGAGGCUGAGUUAUUGAUGCAUUGAUAAUUGCGUGAUUGGCUACUGUAUUAGUGAUGUCAGGAUAUGCAAAAAUUGUCCAUAUAAAGUGUGAAUUUGGCAAACACAGAUUAAAGUAUAGCACUUUUCAGUUUUUUUGCAAAUUAACUCAUAAAUUGUACAAUAAGGCGAUGAUUAAUAUAAUUUUUUUCUUUAUUCUUUGUCAUAUUUAAUGUGUGUGUCUGGAGUUACGUUACCGUCAGUGCUAAACUGAAUUAGCGAUUUACUGUCUGAUUUAAUUUAAUUCAGUACGAGCUGUCAGAUCAUUCUUUUAAUGAUAUCAGAGUGACGAAUUGGAUUCGGACGCAGUCAAAAUAAUUAGUCUCUCUAUUUCAUAGUCUCUCACUGAGCAGAACAGUCCUCAACAACAGAUGUGCCAGUGUGUGUGUGUGUGUGUGUGUUGGUUCCUAUUAAUGAAUCCACUGAAUUUGUGAUUUUGCACCGAUCAAAAGCUGAUUUAACGGUUAGAGGAGCUAAACUGUACUAACAAUUAGGGAUACAUCAAAAUUAAAAUUUCUUACUGAAAUCAACCAGCAGUGCAGCUUUAGUCAUACAUUUACCUCAGCAGUGCCAAUUUAUCUAGUUGUAUCUAGUAUCUACAUGUUCAUAACUUGAAAUUUCCACAGAGGAAGGCGGCCAGGCUUCUAUUAAACAAAGUAAGUUAACAUUAACGUUAUCGCUAACGUUACUAUACUAGUCCUGUACAGCUCCUACAGUAUCUUUUUUUUUUUUAAGUGGAAAAGAGUCAGUUAAUGAAAAGGUGGACUGAAACAGAGUGUGAUAAGUGAUGUGAAAUUUAAUCUUUAAAUGCUUUAUUUUACGUAAUUCAUAGUUCAAGUUUAAAUGUAAGAUUAAAAAUGAACUUAAACCUGCCGUUUGUUGGCUUCCUGCUGAUGAUGUAUAUGGCAUUAAAAUAAUUUCACUUGUUCCGUAUAUAUUUUUUGGUUUUUACGUACUCGGACCAACUCUAAAAGUGCUUUUUGCCAAUAGUCAGUGCAUCCCUAUUAUAAAAUUACACUUUGUGCUAAAUGUAAAUACAGGAAAUACGUGGAUUAUGUUUGGACUGCCUGGAGUUUGAGUGACAUUUCAGUCAUUGUUCAUCGUUUUAAGCCAGACACUGCAUUCUGUACAGGUUAUUUCUUUGAUUGAUGAAGUAUGUAAUGAAGGAUAUGCUGAGCGUCUGUGUGUGAAAACUGUAAACAUACUGUGAACUGGUUUGGCGUUAAGUUUUCAUGUAAGUGGUGUAAAUUUGCCUUUUUAAUUAAAAUUUGCCUUGAAUCUUAAGUGCUUUUGUUCCAUCACUUCGAGAAGUCUCCAUACGCUUCACCCUGAUGUCUGUGAUUUUAACUCUCUGACAAAUAAAUAAAAAUAAAUUAAAUAAUA